AUGGCGUUUGACCCAGCACCCGCAAAAAUUGCAGAUAUUAAUUUGGAUAAUUAUUUUCUUGACCAUCAAUUUUAUAAUACCGACGUUUAUGUGCAUAAGAAAUUCUUACCUAAAAGUAAAAUAAAUGAAAAAUCGCGUCACGAAGUUAAACCACCUGCUGGUAUUGUUGAGCAAGGUAAACACGAUAAAAAUCAGCAGUGUGAAAGAGAAAAAGGUAUGAAAAAAUUUUACAAUGAGAAGAAAAAAAUCCAUGCAAGUCUUCAUGAUGACUCCGUGAUAGAGCAAACAGUAAAAUUUGCGAAAACCAUAAUUCCACGCGUAAUACCUCCAAGUAGAGAAUACUCUCCGACACCUGUUUUUUAUACCAUAAAAACAUCUAAGAAACUUGGAAAAAAACUUUCUAAACUUUCCAGUAUAAAUAAUGAACACUGUGAAAAAUUUAACAAAACUACGCCUAAAGCCGUAGCGAAAAAGGCAGACGAAGAGAAAGUAAGGGUUCAUAGUGCAAUGGAUGCAUGUAGUCAUUCAUCUCCAGAUAAUACUUUAGAUGAAUUUCAUAUAAAUCAAAGUUCGAAUUUUUCGCUCUCAGAAUCUUCCGCUAACGAUCCAAAUAAAAUAUCCCAGAAUAAAAGAAAACGUGAACAUGAUAUAAGACAAAAAGAUAAUCCAUCUGAAUCACUUAAGGCUAUAGCUACAGAAGUAAAUACUUCCAAUCAAGUUGAAAUUAAAAUAAGUUUAAUGAAUGAUUCAGAAAAAAGUAAUUUCAUUGAAAGUUUAAAAGCGCCCGUUAUCAACUCUUUUAAUGAAUAUUUAAAUGAACUAAACAGUCCUUUAUCAGAAGAACUGCAAGGUAUGAAAAAAAUACUGGCUUCAAACACGCAAAAGUUAGAUUAUAUGGUACAAAUUCUAGGUGACAUUGAAAAUAAAAUUAUAAGGUAUUCUGAUAAAACUACAAAAAUAAUUAUGUCUCCAAAAACCAUAUCUUCUAAAGCAUCUAGAUUAGAGGAGUUAGCAGGAGACUUGACAGAAAUAAAAGAAGGAACUAUCACUGAUGAUGAAGAAAAUUACGAAACAGAUGCCACAAAGCCAAUGACUACUAAAAGUGCUUUAGUAACAAUGAUUCCAAAUCACCAAAAUAAUGGAAGAGAGAAUAAAAAUGAAAACGUAGGUUAUGGUGAUAGUGUUCCCAUACAUUUGAAUGCUGCAUGUAGUCAAUUAGGGGUCAAACCAGAUCGCCCGAACAGAAUUCCUGCUAGAUUUUGUUGGACAGAUACGACUAAAAAUGUUUAA